UUUUAACUUGUAACGAUGGAUGUUUCCAAACCGUCAGUUUCCAAUUUGUGUCGUUAUCUUAGUUUUCUCUUCGUCGCUUAUUGUGUGAACGAAUCAAACGAGAACGCAAGACUUCAACGAAAACGCGGAGUGGAAAGAUUUGAAGUGAUUUACGAUUGGAAUUACGUUAAUUUUACUUGGUUGAAUGCUGACGAUUAUAAUUUGGCGAUUAUUAACGGAAAAUACAUUCCCGCGAAUAAUGUAAUAAGCAACAUAAAGUUUUAUACAGAUAAAAUGUACGUUGCAUUGCCAAGAUUGUUUAAGGGAACCCCGGUUACUUUAGCGGUGAUGACGAAUUCGGGCAAAUAUGAAAAUAAUAAGUUAUUGAAACCUUAUCCGAGUUGGAAAAUGAAUUCGUUGGAUCAUUGUGCUGCGUUACAAAAUGUUUAUAGUAUGGAAAUUGAUAAAUAUGGAGUGAUGUGGGUGUUGGAUGGUGUUAGAAUUACGAAUGGGACUAAAUGUCCGCCGAAAUUGGUUCUUUUGGAUUUAAAACGACAGGGAAAUGUUGUUCGUUACUUUGAUUUUCCCGAACAUCUUUCAUCAGUUUAUGGUGGAUUUCUAACUGAUUUGGUUAUUGAUGAAACUGAUGGGGGAUUCGCUUACAUAACAGAAAGCAGUGAUCACGACCCUGGAAUAAUUGUUUAUUCUAAACAUCUUGAUAAAGCUUGGAAAAUUAGAGAUAGAUCGAUGUUUGCUGAAAUCACAGCUUCAAAUUUCGUCGUUGAAGGUAAUCAAAACUCGAAACUUCAAAACAUAAACGGCAUAGCUUUAUCACCAGUUCCCAAAAAUCCUAACCAAGAACGAUUAAUUUAUUACACCCCGUUGAUUGGAGUUAACAUGUUUGCGAUAAGCAAUAAACUCUUAAAAAAUCAAGUUUUAAUGCGAGGUGAUGUUUGGAGAAGGGGGAUUAAGUAUAUUGGAAAAAGGGAAGGUGUUAGUGAUCGAAUGAUGAUUGAUAACGAAGGAAAUAUGUAUUAUGGAAUACUAAAUCUUUAUGGUAUAUGUAAAUGGAAUAUUUUUGAACCGUUUAUUACAUCCAAAAUGAUUAUUCACGAUCAAAUGGAAUAUAUUUGGCCCGCUAGUUUUGGGAUGGAUAAUAGUGGGAAUUUAUAUGUUUUAUCUAAUUCUUUAAAUAAAUUUUUGCAAUCUAAACCACCGAAAAGUAGCGAUAAAUCUAUUAUUAAGGUAUCUCGAUUAUAUACUGGAACUAGAAGUUAUUUGUAUAAGAAUUCAAAUAUUAUUAGAUAA